AUGACUCUAACCAAAAGGGGCGGCGAUAUAAUAGCAACUGUCACGGUGCUAGUCGGGCUGUCCAUCAUGGCUGUGUGCCUCCGUGUCUUUGCUCGAUACAAGAGAAGAGUCCGUUUCGACAUAGAUGACUAUCUUUGUUUUCUUUCGGCGGUACUGUUACUUGCCAUGUUGGUUGAACUUAUCCUAUGGGUACUUAUUGGUGGCAAUGGGUCUCACCAGGAAGACUUGAGCGACGAAACCAUGAAGAACUUCUACAAAAUCUUCCUCGCAAACGAAUUUACGUACUUCCUCCUCAGUCCCGCUAUCAAAAUCUCCAUCGUCUGCUUCUACCGCCGCGUAUUCACAGUCAAACCUUUUCAAUGGGCUUCAUUCGCCAUCAACACCCUAAUCGCUUUAUGGGGCGCUGCCAUCUUUAUCGCCUGUGGCCUCCAAUGUCGCCCACUGAGAUCCUACUGGGACCACUCGAUCAACGGCACCUGCUUCGACAGCAAUGAGUUUAUUAUCGUCAACCAGAUAUUCAACGUUAUAAUGGAUUUCGUCAUUCUCGCUCUCCCUGUGCCAAUGAUCUGGAACCUCCAGCGCGCCUGGCAAGACAAGCUCGCGCUGAACGGCGUCUUUGCCCUAGGUGGUUUCGUCUGCUUCGCUUCUAUCUACCGCAUUGUCGUACUAUUCUGGAUCAGCCCCGUCGAUAUCACAUAUACUGUAUAUCAGGCAACACUGUGGACACAUAUAGAGCCAUCCAUUGGGCUUAUUUGUUCCUGCCUCCCGAUAAUCCGUGGUUUAUUCCCGAAACUGAAGCUGUCCGGCAGUCGAAAAGCAACCGCACCUUACUAUAUCAAGACUGAUGUCACAAGCUCACAUUUUGCCCUUUCGAGUGCUCGGUCCCCUGCUUCAGAGUUCUUCAAGCUCGAAGAUAAGUCCGACUCACGGUCUACUACCAAUAUACCUACGCCCAACAAUCUUGGGCCUCUGGAUAUCCAAGUUCGCACAGAUAUCGAUAUUGAGCAGGCUGGUGCGGCGCCAAUUCGCUCGCACACUUGA